CACACACACACACACACAGGCCCAUCCCUCUUUAUUCACUCCAUCCACAUGCUCCAACAGACAAACAGGAGUAGAUAAGGCCGGGCAACACAGAGGAACCUUUGUCUCGGAUCUUCUCUGCACUUUAUCGUCCACUCCACCGAUCCUGAUUCUGCUUCUUCACAUUCUGUAAUCUGUGGUUUUACAGCAUGUGUACAGGAAAGUGUUCUCGUUUCGUGGCCGGGGCGCUGUACCCGCUCGCCCUCAUCUCCAUCAUCUGCAACAUCAUCCUGUUUUUCCCCGACUGGAAGGUGACAUACGCCAAGGAGGGACACUUAACCGAGGAGGUGAAAUACAUGGGUGGACUGGUCGGAGGAGGACUCAUGGUUAUAGCUCCAGCUCUGUUUAUUCAUGUCACUGGAAAGCAAGGAUGCUGUGCUAACCGCUGUGGGAUGUUCCUGUCCAUCUUGUUUGCAGCAGUAGGAGUGUGUGGCGCCCUCUACAGUUUCGUAGUGGCCAUGUUAGGGCUGAUUAACGGGCCGUACUGCAAAAUGUUAUUAUUUUGGGGGACUCCAUUUAAAAACAGAUCAGAGAGUUACCUGCAGCAGCCUGAUAUGUGGAGUUUGUGUAGUGAGCCGAAGGGUGUGGUGGAGUUUAACAUCGGACUGUUCUCCACUCUGCUCGUCUGCAGCAGUCUGCAGCUCAUCCUGUGUGCAUCGCAGAUGAUCAACGGCCUCAUGGGCUGCAUCUGUGGAGCCUGCGUCGAUAAAGGGCCUCUGUAAGUGCACACGCCACCCCGAGAGCCCUAACCAGUUAAUGAUUAAUGAUCUAACCUGACUGUAAAGUAUUAAUGUGUUAAAAAAUCAAAGUUCAAUCUAACAGCGAGUGUAAUAAAAACAUUAAUCAAUAUGACACACAAAUGUAAUUGAUUUAUUUCCUGAAUUUAAAAAAAAAAAAAAAAACAUUUUUAUUGUUGAUGGGUGAACGUGUUAUCCAUGAGGAUAAAUAAUAAACCUGUUUAUAUUCUGAUGUUUUUAA